AUGUGGCUUACCACUAGCCUCGUCCUGCUACUCCCUUAUAUUGCAACUGCCCGCCUGGUGCCCACAGAACCGAUCGACCCAUCCAACAAGGACGGUAGUGUGGCAAUAGCGUAUGACACAAUCGACAUUGAUCUCCAGGGCAACGGGGUUUGGGCUGCCAACUGCAUUUCUUACCUAUACUAUGGUGAAAGCACUCGUGACGACGGAUCAGUUCGACAGUGCUAUUCUGCUGCAACAUUUUGCGACAAGCUCAGCAAUGAGGCAGGGUAUGCACUCAUUGGCAACAGCGCAUUCCAAACUCGGUUAGCAUCUGUUAAUAGGGCACCAAUGCGAACCGACUCAAGAGACGAUAAUUGGUGGAUUUGCAAUCCCCCAGGCACCUUAUGGCUUCCCUUUGGCAUCAGCUGCAAGAUCGAUAACCCGUGA